AUGAAACAAGAAAAUAACAGUGUGGUGACAGAAUUCAUCUUCAUUGGAUUUUCCAAUUUCCCAGACCUGCAGGUGCCACUGUUUGUGGUGUUCACCGUCAUGUACUUGGCUAUUUGGGUUGGAAAUGUCAUCAUCGUCACAACAAUAAGGCGCGAGUCCAGCCUCCACAUCCCCAUGUACUUCUUCCUUGCCGUUCUCUCCAGUUCAGAAAUCUGCUACACUCUAAUGAUUAUCCCAAAUAUGCUUGCAAAUCUUCUAAGGAAAAAAGCAAGUAUUUCUUUCACCGGCUGUGCUACUCAGAUGUAUAUGUUCUUGGCCUUUGGAGACACAAACUGUCUGCUUCUUACAAUGAUGGGGUAUGACCGAUACGUGUCCAUAUGUAAACCUUUACAUUAUCCGAUUCUGAUGAAUCAGAGAUUCUGUACUAAACUAGUUGUCUUUUCAGUAGCAUCUGGUUUUCUUUUAUCUGCUCCGCAGACCUACUUCAUAUUUAGCUUGCCGUUCUGUGGGCCGAAUAAAAUCCAUCACUUCUUUUGUGAUUUAGCACCUUUACUUCAGCUGGCCUGUGACCGAAAUUAUAUAGGGGAAAUUGUCCUGUUUGUUAUUAGUAUUUUGGUGGUCUUCUGCUCAUUUCUUCUUAUCCUUCUGUCAUAUCUUUUAAUCUUAAGUGCAAUCCUGAAAAUCCCCACCACAGACGGGAAGCACAAAGCCUUUUCGACUUGCGCCUCCCAUCUCAUUGUGGUGGUGGUGCACUUUGGAUGCGCUUCCAUUAUUUACCUGAGGCCCCAAUCCAGGUACACUUUGAAUGCAGACAUAUUCAUCUCUGUCUCAUACACACUGGUGACUCCAUUGUUGAAUCCUGUGGUUUAUACCCUGAGGAACAAGGAUGUCAAAAUAGCUCUCAGGAAAUCCCUGGGCAGAAGGAAAUUCUCCUGGAAGAUCUGA